AUGAAAUAUCCAAGAAUAAGACAACUAGGACUCUUCAUAGAUGACGAUGGCCUUGUGAGAUGCAAUGGUAGGAUUCACAAUGCACCGAUUCCAGAGAAUACUAAAUUUCCAUAUCUUAUACCUGCAAAUCAACCACUUACCAAACUGAUAGUGAUAGACGCACACGAACGUUCACUCCAUUCUGGACUAAAUGCUACGCUAACUUAUGUACGACAAUCGUAUUGGGUACCGACACUCCGACAAUUUGUUAAGAAGUUAUUAAACAAAUGUGUAACUUGCCGCAAAGUUAUGGGAAAAUCUUACAAUAAACCGGAUCUGCCACCCCUACCGAAAAUAAGAGUACAGGAAGCUUCGCCAUUUACCGUCACAGAAGUCGAUUAUACAGGUGCUUCAUACGUAAAGGACUCAGAAAGAACUUUAAAGAAAGCGUAUAUAUGUUUAUUUACAUGCGCAUCGACAAGAGCAGUUCACCUAGAAGUAGUCCCAAACUUGAGCGAACAUUCAUUUAUUCAGGCAUUUCGGCGCUUUGUAAGCCGUAAAUCUUUGCCUAAAAUUCUAGUAUCUGACAAUGCAACUACAUUCAUUGCAGGAUCUGCAGAAAUGAAAAGAUUAUGUGAAUCGGAUAUAGUAAAAAAAUACUUUAUCAACACACGGUGUCGAGUGGAGAUUUAUACCGAUACGUGCACCUUGGUAUGGUGGAUUUUGGGAGCGCUUGAUUGCUCUGACGAAGACAAGUUUGAAGAAAGUGCUUGGACGAUCCCAAGUAAACAUGGAAACAUUACAAACAGUUGUUACGGAAAUAGAAACUAUCUUAAAUGA